UGAAAUAUUGUUUCGUAAAAGAAACUCUUGCAGAUCUGCAUUAAAUUACGUACACCUAAAAUGAAGAAUCUUAUAGUUACAAGAGUGACAUCGUACUUGUCUGAAAAUCCAGACUUAUUUGUGGAUAUAAAUGAUAUGGCCGAUGCUUUACAAAAAAAAUAUCGAGAUUUCAAAGGUAAAAAGAAAGGUCCAUUCAGAAUUUUAGUGCGUCAAGCCUACAAUGAAAUAACAGAAUCAAUGACCAGAAAUGAUAGCUUUAUCGAUGAAACAAAUAAUGAAAGUGUAGUGGAAAUUGAGUCAAAUAAGCAAGUUUCAACAAUGUCUACGGAUUAUCUACCAGUUUACAAAUCUAAAACCCCGGAUAAUGAAUGUACUCAAGAAAUAACACAAGCUUCUAAAAAAGCUAGAUUAUCAAUCAGUGCCAACAAUAAUAAUGCUAAUGAAGAGCCAAUUUUGCUGGAUGUAACAAUGGAAAAUGGCAGUACAACUCCUGUUAAGCCAUUUCAACAAAGUGGAAUUGAAAAAUUAAAGAAGAAACCUAAACGUAAAGAUGAAGAGAGUGCUAUUCAAGAUAUUUUGUUAAAAAAAAAACCUAAACUAGCACCUGUAGUAAUCCCUGAAGUUAAGUUUAAAGAUAUUGGAGGUAAUACAGAAAUUUUAAAAAAAUUCUCUGAUUUUAUGAUACAUGUGAAGCAGCCAAAAUUAUAUGCUGAAUUGGGAAUUUCUCCCUUGAGAGGUAUCUUGUUGUAUGGUCCUCCAGGUUGUGGCAAAACUCUGCUGGCUAAUGCAUUUGCAGGAGAGUUAGAAACACCAUUGUUGAAAGUAGCAACAACCGAGUUAAUUGCAGGUGUAUCAGGUGAAAGUGAACAAAGAAUAAGAGAAUUGUUUGAUCAGGCUACUGCUAUUGCCCCUUGUAUUUUAUUUUUGGAUGAUAUUGAUGCAAUUGCUCCACAUAGAGAAGCAGCUCAAAGAGAAAUGGAAAAAAGAAUAGUUUCUCAACUACUAUCUUGCUUAGAUGAGCUAAGUAAAACAGAAAAUGGUAACAAGGUCUUAGUAGUAGGAGCAACUAAUCGACUUGAUGCAAUUGAUCCAGCACUACGAAGAACUGGUCGUUUCGAUAGAGAAGUUUCGUUAGGUUUUCCUGAUAAAGAAGCUAGAGAAGCUAUCCUUAAAGUUCACUUAUCUGGUGUAAAAAUUUCACCAAAAGUUAGUUUAGAAGAAAUUGCUUUCUCGACACCUGGCUUUGUUGGGGCUGAUCUUGUAACACUCAUAAAAGAAGCUGGGUCAGCUGCAGUAAACAGGGUAUUUCAUGAUUUAAAAAAAAAACAAGAAUUGAAAGAAUCUGAUGAUUAUAUACUUUCAAAAUUAGAAAAUGAUAAAACAAAUUCAAAUUCUGCGAUACAAUCCAACAAUAAUGUUGCUGAAAAUUCAAUGUUGCCCAUGGAAUCAUCUGUAGAUAAAUUACACGAAGAAAGCUCUAGCUUAAACGCAACAGAAAUUACAACAGAAGCGUCUGUGAACGAGUCAACUGAAGUUACUUCUAAUUCGUUAUCUAAAACAGAGAAUAUAAUGAGUUCUGAUAUAAAAAAUAGUCCUGCUGCGGCAAUCAAAGGUUUAUCAAAAAAUGACUCGAUAAAUAAAAAUGAUGAUUUCUUGUCAUGGUUACUAAAUGUGCCUGAGCUCACAGCUGAGCAACUUGAAGCAAUAUUUAUUGAGGAAGAAGACUUUAAGAUAGCUUUAAAAAAUGUUCAACCUUCAGCAAAAAGAAAAGGAUUUGCCACAGUACCAAAUGUAACAUGGGAUGACGUUGGUUCAUUACAAGAUGUUCGCAGUGAAUUACAAAGAUCAAUUUUGGCCCCAGUUAAGUUUGGAAAACAAUAUGUUUCAUUUGGAUUCAAGACUUCAAUGGGUAUUCUUUUAUGUGGUCCUCCUGGUUGUGGAAAAACUUUAUUAGCUAAAGCUAUAGCUAAUCAAACUGGUAUCAAUUUCAUAUCAGUUAAAGGACCAGAACUACUGAAUAAGUACGUUGGAGAGAGCGAAAGAGCUGUCAGAGACUGUUUUGCAAAGGCACGGGAUUCAGCACCUUGUGUAAUAUUUUUUGACGAACUUGAUGCUUUGUGUCCCAAACGUUCAGAGGGUGAUAAUUCAUCCACAUCUCGUGUUGUUAACCAAUUGCUUACUGAAAUGGAUGGAGUCGAAGGUCGCAGUGAAGUAUUUAUAUUAGCUGCCAGCAACAGGCCAGAUAUUAUUGACUCAGCUGUUCUAAGACCUGGUAGACUUGAUAAAAUUCUUUACGUUGGUCUUCCUAAUCCUGAAGAUAGGUUUGAUAUUCUUCGUGUAUUGACAAAAAAUGGAACGAAACCAAAACUUGCUGCUGAUGUAAAUCUGAAAACCAUAGCUGAAGAUGAACGUUGCUCUCGUUAUACGGGUGCUGACCUGGCAGCUUUUGUUCGAGAAGCUUGUCUAGAAAAAAUGGAUGAAAUUAUAAGUGGAACAUGUACACUAGCUGAAGUAAGUGCUAGUCACUUUGAAAGUGCAUUUAGCAAAAUCAGACCCUCUGUGUCUGAAAAGGAUUUAAAACACUAUGAGAAGUUACGAAAGCUUUAUUCGGUUGACAGUAAAAAACCUCAGACAACGCUUACGUCUGUAAAACCAGACAUACCAAGUCAAUCAAGGAUGGAAUGUAUGGAUAUAUGAAUAGUUUUUUUAGAAAACUCCAUUAAUUGUAUAAUAUUGUAUAAAUAUG